CGUCAUCACACAAGUGAAAACGAAAUAGACGAAUACCAUAAAAAUUUGGCUACAAAUCUAUAUCUGUGCGAUAAAAUUGAUUAACAAAAAGAAAUUUGUUUGGAAUUUUGGUGGAAUAUGUUAAAACGGUGAAUUGUGUGUGAUUGAAAACGAUUUGACGACGAUUUUUUCUUUACUUAAUUCACAUUUGAAGCGUGUGUUUUGUAAAAGCGAACGCAAUCGAUUUCUUUGUGUUUUAACUCCUUUUUUGCGUGAGAUUUUUUCGUCAAUCUCUUCAAUAAAUUAAUUCAUAAUAAAUGUGACCGUUUUGCAUUUAAAACAUUCGUUUUCCCUUGACCAGCAAAUAAACAACAAAAUUUGUUCGAACACAAAUCGUGAUUGUGGUUGCCGCUUUUUUCUAUCUCUCUCUCAAGUGAUCGACAUUAAAAGUCACACCAUUAUAAAUGUUUAUCAAUGUGAAAUUCAGUGUUUUGUGGGAGAACAAUACGUGAACGCGGUUUGAAGUUUUAUGGUUAAAAGUGUGUGUUACACAUAACUGGUGAUAUUGAUAAAUACACAUUUCUGUCUUUUAUGCAAAAUAACAACAACAACAACAGCAACAACAAACUUAAUAUCAAAAUUGCUCGGUUUGUGCGUCGAAUAUUCGGAAAAUGAACUCGCCAGAUACUGGCGGCGGAACAAAUACAACUUCUGCUACGAGCAAUAGUGGCAGUGGCGAAAAAACCAAUCCAAUUAUUAAACAAAACGCAUUUCCAAUGGAUUUAGCACCGAAAAUCGCACUAGUCAAGCCCACAGACGGCAAAGGUGCCACAGUUCAAACUCAAUUUCGAACAAUAACACCGCAGCCAAUGCGAGUUGUAGUGUCAACGGGAACAGCAAGUGCACAAAUUAUUCAAACACAAAUAAUGCCACAAGCAAUGCUCAAACAAGUUGAUGCUUUAGGCAGAACACAAAUAACGGCAUUGCCAUCAAGAACCAUGGCACAAACAUCAAUUACUGUAACAAGACCGUUAACACCAAAUACAUUUAUGCCAAGAGGUGUUACAACAAAUAUAGGUUCACGUGGUGCGAUUCGAGCACAAACACCACCAUCGGUGGCAAAUCUUUCAACGAAUUUUGUUCGCGGAACAAUUCCACCACGCACACCAUCACCGGCUGGCACUGUGAUCCCAACCGCAACUACCUGGAUGACUGGCAGCCAACCUGUUCAAUUGAUUCGAGCCAACAUUGGACAAGCUCCACGAACUAAAUUUACGGCUGUUUCAAGUGCAAAUACGGGUAUUACAACCAUCUCGGCAAAUAUUGUGUCAUCACAAAGUGGAACCGGCACAAAUACCAUACAAAAUGUAUCACAACAACAAUCGAAUCAAAAUGUUUCUAGUGCAACAGCAUCGGGUCAAUCUCAAACGUAUGUUGCCACACUUGCCACAGUUCUACCACCUCGUCAUCAGACUGCAACGCUCGUUUAUAGUAAUCCACAACAAUUAGGAACAAAUGUUACUGGACCCCGAUUGGCGGUGGCCAGUCCAAUUGCAACACAGCGUCAGGUUCGACCAAUUCAAAUAAGCAACGCACGAUUACCAACAGCCGGCUUGAGCCGAGUUUCAACUGCACCCGGAUCUAUAAGUAUUCGCGGACCAGUUUUAACACCAUCAAGUGUAUUAACAACUCUUCCAUCGGGCACAAAUACAACGGCAUCCAAUUUAACCGUUGCUAAUUUACCAGCUGCUCGAAUCAUUCAAGUACAACAACCAAAUUCAGGCGGCCAAGUACUGAGCACCGGUCGUAUUACCGCAAUGACAUUGCAUCCGCUCGUUGUGAAUGCAUCAAAUGUUUCAACGGCCAAUACAGUUCGUGGGGUUAGUGCAUCAACGGCAAAGCCAUCAUUAACAAUAACUCAUGUUGGAAAGAAUCCUCAAAAUAGCGUUCAAUUAGCAACGGCAAGUUUAUCGCAAGGAGCAACAAUUACUGGUUCAGUACCAUCAUCGACUUCGGUUGUUCAACAUCAAUCGCAAUCGUCACAGCAUUCGGGAGCAGGUUCAUCGGCUCCAAUCGGUAUUGUGCCUGCAUCACAAAUUGCACAGAUCGUGAAUUUGAAUCAAUCCGGAAUUAAUGUUGGCCAUGGUCAUCAAAUUCAAAUAAUUGGAUCUCAGGGAACACAACAAACUUCAACGGUUGUGCCAUUGACAAUAACCUCUCGUGCAGCGCACACCUCAUUAAGUGGUACAUCGGUGACCACAUUGCCAGCAUCAGUUGCAACAAAUUUAUCGCAAAUCGUUCGCGGUAACGUGAAUAUUGUUACAACAGCAAAUACAAAUAGCAAUACCACAACCGUUUUACCAAUAGCCAAAGUAUUGCCACAACAACAGGGCAUGUCCAACGUAGAUCCACCUCCAAUUGUAUCGGUCGGAACGUCACAAAACGUAGUUGUCAAUGUUGUCAAUGCAAAUGCCAUCAAUAAUCGAGCGCAAUCAAGUUCUAUUAGCUCAACGGCCGUUUUGCAGUCAAUUACAACAAAUACAUCGGCGAUAACAACAAAUGUGUCAUCAAGUAAUACAGCCAUAACAGCAUCGUAUGCACCGCAAGCUGGUUCAUUUGCCGUUGUUCCUUCAUCCAAUCGAAAUAUUGUUAACAGUUCAUCCAGCGGACUGGUUUCGUCAACAGUCGUACAACAGAGCGGAUCACAACCGAUUCCAGUUCGAUUCAAUCCACAACUUAUUGUCGAUGGCAACAAAGAAUCUACAUCAUACGAUGGUUUAUUACAAAAACAGCUUGGAGGCCACCAACAGAUUUCAUACAUUUCAAUGCCAUCAAAUCAAUCGCUAGCCAAUCAACAAAAAACGGCGCAUAUAAUACCAGUAUCGGGUACAAAAUCAAAUGCUGUUGCGGUUGCGGUAUCGUCUUCACCACGAGCAACCACUAUCGUUUCUACAGCACCAAGAAAACGAGACCAUGAUUUUCGUGCAGAAGUUGUACAACAAAUACAGGCAAAUCAACGGAUAUCUUCACCAGUUUCACCCGGUUCAUCGGAUGGUUCAACAACAGUGAGUGCAACAUCAAGUCCUGGUAUUGAUCAACAAGAAGAACUGAAUGCAUUGUAUCAGCAACAUCAAAAUCAAUUACAACAUAAUAUUGGCCAACCAUUGCAGCAGCAGCAACAACAACAAGCAUCACAACAAUUACCACAAACAGCACAUUCCAUAAAUAUUUCGAAUGGAAGUGAUGACUUAACGCCACGCAAACGUCCGAGAAAACAGCAAUUCAGUGAAUAUCCGCAGGCAGCAAAGAAAUUUCAACCUGAAUUGGAUGUACAUAUUCAACCCGAACAACAACCAAUCGCUGGUUCCACUCUUAAUGAACAAGGAGUUAAUAUUAAUUAUCAAAAUGCACAAGCAAAUACAAGUGCGGCAGCUAAUUUAACGAAUCGUAAUGCAGUCAAGCCCAGCAAUGAGAAUAGUCCACCCAAAUAUGUAGACUUUUAUAUUAAACGACCAAAAGCAUGCAAUUUACUUGAUAGCUAUAAACAUUCUUGGAAGUCAACUCAUAAUCACUUUCAGCGAUACUCAGAUGUUAAACCUCGCGAAGAACGAAAACCGACUGUUGUCGAUUUAGCCAAUCAAACGCACGUUUUACAAAAGGUUAACGGAUGGAAAAUUUACCACCUAACAUCACAAAUGGAAGACCUGACGGAGCUCGAAUCACAAGUGUAUGAUAAGCUAUCAUCAAUGUUACAAUGUAUGGAAGCGCAUGAACAAAACACCGAUGUAGAUCGGGUUAAUGAAUUAAUUAAAGGCAAUAUGCAACGCAGCAAAAUUGUAUCGGACUCGAUAAACGAGGCCCGUGUACAGAUUCUAAAGGUUUUCGAUCAUAAAAGUCAUGUAUCGGAUAUCAUUCAUCGAUGUGCAUCAAAGCGAAAUUUAAAAAAACGUGAAAAAUCGUAAACUUUUUGAAUAGAACACUCUGAAUAAAAUUCAUUGUUUAAUCGA